CAGCAAUAUAAAAGGAACUCCCUUCGAGGAUUCGCCAAUCAGACGAUAAAAUCGGUUCUGCCCAGUAGCGUGUUCGAUUUCCGACAGAAUUGCGUGAUUCCACCAAAACCACAAGAUGAAGUACCUGGCGUUGUUGACGUUGUUGGUUGUUAGUGGGUAUGCUUUUUUUACACCGGAACAACACGAAAUAGUGAAAAAAUUGUCCAUCCGCUGCAUGGAGGAAAUUGGUGAAGGACUCCCGGAAAAUAUUGGCGAACGAUUCCGUGGGGGAGACCUCACACUGAACGAUGCCAAGUCCAAGUGCUACAUGAAAUGCAUCUUUACCAAGGUUGGUUUCAUAAGCGAUACCGGUGACGUGAACAGGGAAGUGCUGGUGGAAAAACUGUCGAUAGGAAACACCCGGGAAAGAGCGGAAAUGUUCGCCGAACGAUGCAGCGAGUUUGAUGGAGCUGACGCCUGCGAAAUCUCCUACGGGCUGUACCAGUGCUACCAUAUGAAUAGGGACACGUUCUUCUCCUGAAGCUAGUUAGUUAGCGCUACGGGUUACCAAUAAUGAAGCAUUUGUUAAAUGUGGAAUAAAACUUAGUCUGCAACAAUAAAUAUGUUUUUCCGUCAGUCCGGCAGCCUUUUAAAGCUCGAAAAUGGAAGUCGACAGGCGAUACACGA